GCAUGUUUCAUGCUUUGAGACCAGAAGGACCUUGGUGUUCUGAAAUGAAGAUGGAGCCAGUGGGAAAAUCAGAACUUCUUGUUUCAGAAAUUCCAACAGAGGCUUCUGAAAAGCAAGAAACUACUCCUGAUGAAGAACCUAUAGAACUUGAGAGACAAACUCAGAAAGAUAAUGUGCCCAUUACAACAGACUCUGUGGUGCUAACUUCAAUGCCUUGCUUAUUGAUGGAACUGAGUCGAGACUCCUCAGAGUCUCAGCUAGCAUCUACAGAGAGCAAUAAGCCAACAGGUGGUCAAGUUUACGAGAGUGACUCUUCUAAUCGCUUCAUCCUUUCCCCUUCUUCCAGUGGACAUUUGGCUGACUCGGAUACAUUGUUUUCCACAGAAGAGAAUGAGCCCUGUCAUGAUGAAACUGCUGUAGAGGGAGAUUCUUCUGCAGUGUCUGGGACUGCAGUUGGGAGGAAAUUCAGGCGAUCCAGGUCUGAAAGCAAAGUUUCAGCAAUGGCUGCCAAGAAAAACCGACAGUCUAAUAAUAAGCAUAAUGGUCGACUCACCAAGGUAAAAGGUCAUCGAAACCAAAAGCACAAAGAAAGAAUCCGGAUCUUAAGACAUAAACGAGAGGCAGCUGCUCGCAAGAAGUACAACCUGCUGCAGGACAGUAGUACCAGUGAUAGCAACCAGACAUGUGAAUCCAGCACAACUUCAUCAUCAGAUGAUGAAGAGGUUUCAGGGAGCAACAAGACAAUCACUGCAGAAAUACCAGCGAUUUUCCGCGCCGUUCUCGGAGCGCCCGUGCCCAGUGAGCAUUCGGUGUUGGCUAGGCCUUCCGUCUUCUCCCGCUCCUGGUACUUGCCGGGCGCUCAUUGGCUCUUUCGCCUGGGGCGGGUACUGCCUCCGCCUUACGAUUGUCGAGGGUCGCGCUAA